AUGGAGAAGAAAUUCAAAAAACGAGGUUACUACUCUGAAAUAGUUACAGGUACAACGGAACAUCCCGUGAAGCCUGAAGUGGUCCUGUCAAAUAUCGCACCCAAGAGAACAAAACUUGCCUGGCAAGUGCUCACGGAACACCACAGUGCUAGAAUAUCGCAAUUAAACGUUCAGACGGCGUACCAAUGUCUCGGGGAAGCCAAAAGAUGGAUGAGCUUCGACGAAGAUCGGUCAAUUGCGUUUCCGGCAGAAACAUUCACCCCGAAGGUGCAAAUGGAACUGAACGUGGAGCCGAAGCGAUUGCCGAGGAACGUGGAAAUGGAGAGGAGAAGGAAACUGUACCGAAGCUUACGGAUCGAGGACGCUUUGGAAGCGAUAGGAGUAACGUCCAGCGAAAUAACGCCUCCGUCCGCCAUCUUGUCGCUGCUGCCGCGCGACGAGAUCUACGGCUUAUUCAGUACGGCUCACGUGUUGCCGAUCGAAUUUUUCGAUGACGAUGAAUACGAUUGCAGAACGAUCGAAGAAUGGUUGAACCUCGGUACCAUUAACGGGAAACGGUCCCCGUUACCGGCCACCGUGUUCGUUCCACGGUUUCAAGAAGACGACCGGAAGUUCGACAAAGCCGACCACAUGCUAGAAAAUUUGUUCUCUUGGUAUAACGCGGCUGUGACGGGAUAUGAUUACCACACGAAACUAUGGUCGGUGAUCACGCUGGAUGGGAAGAAGCGGAAGUACUCGAUACCGAGGAUCUACAUUCGAUUCUACGCGGAGGACCCCAGGAUCUUCGCGAAAAGAAUGGCCGCGGCCAUCGAGAGCAGAAGAAUCGCGGAAGCGUCUAUAAAAUACAACUUUUAUUUGGACUGCAUGAAAUUGGAUGGCAUACAGACUUUAAGCGAGACACGGAAAGACGCCAUCGUUCGGUUCUGCGUAAUUAGCAAUAUGAAGCUCAGUGGGAAAAUCGUGUCGGCGCUAAUGGACGAGAUAUCCCUGGAUUAUCAACGUACAAUGUGCGACGUCAUGUGGAGGAGGAUGAUCGAGCAGAACCCGGAAUUGUUCAAGUUCAUCACGUGGACGCCGAACGCCGAGCAGCCGAGGCCGCCGCGCAAAGGAAAAAUCGAUACGGGCAUGGAGAAUUUCCCUGAAACAAAGAGGUUCGUGCACUGGUUCACACUGUACGUGCUGAGGGAGGUGUACGAGGCAAUGUCAUGCAUCGUCGCGGAGUGCAUCCAUGUAUCAUCGAUGGACCUGUUCGCCUCUAAUUACGGGAAAACCAUGAGGCUGUGGGAAUUCGAGGACAUGCACACGCUGGCGACCACCACGGUGAUCAAAUAUUUGAAGGAGCCGUGGCUGGAGAAGAUCACUCAGUCGGUGCGAAUGUGUUUGAGGGACGUCGGGAAGGGUUGGUUUAACCUCGAGCAAAGCGUUCAUGGUGUUUACGAUGUGAUGAAGCUUAACCGAUUCAUGAGUCUGGCAACACUACGAAUGCAGCACGCGCUACGGAUUCUGGUGGAGAAUUCGAUCGUGUAUUACGGUGAGAGCCUCGAGAAUCCAGCGCUCUGCGUCCUCGACGUGAACGAAUCGUUCGUCUGGGGUGACAAUUUCAUCGACAGCCAGUUUAAGUCCGCCCAUCAACCCCUGUUUAACGUGGACAUUGAAAUGAACGUGAAUGGAGCUUAUUACACCACGGACCCCGAUGAAUACGCGGUAACCAUCGUAGCGUUGUAUGACAACGCGCUCGCCAGCUGCCACCAAAUUCGGCAAAUACACCCUUUCCUGCUGCCGGCGCUGAAGUUUCCGAGAGACGUCUGCUUGAGCUCCGUUGGUUUACUCGAACAACAAGUGUGCGAGAUACGGGAUCGUUUAAGCUUGGCUUACCAGAAAUCCGCUAUACCUCUCAGAGCGUACGCUGCUGAAUUUCGGAGAUAUUUGGAUCUCUUUAACCUUGACGUCGCUAAAUACGUCGAAGAGUUCAAACAAGAAGAGUAUCUCACCACGUCGGAGAUAAAGGAUGAGAUAUCGUUACAGAUCUCGAUGAGGAAGAGCAUCGAGACGAAACUGCCGGAGAGAAUCGCGAUCGGGCCAUUUAAGGUGAACGUACGCCCGUUGAAGGAGCUUUUGACUAAAAAGCGACGGGACUGUGCGACUGGUCUACUGGACAUGUUAACCGGUAAAUUGCGCGCUGAAGUGGACGAUAUCCUGGACGAAUACAGGAAGAUAAGGAUCAAACUGAAGGAACAACCGCAAAGCAUCGAGCACAUCUUCGAGAUACGCGAUUGGAUGGAGACUAUACCGCUACGAGUGCAGGGUCUCGAAGAAAGAAUGGACAAAUUGAAAUUGGACUUUGACGUGCUCGAUAUUUUCUGGUGGAAUUUAUCCGACGAAGAUUUCGAGGCGAAGUGGGAGGCGAUCGGGUCUCCUCUACAGAUUCAGUUGGACGUCGAAGAGACAAACGAGCGGUUCGUAGAAGAGCAGGAGAAGUUUUAUAGGAUCCAAGUGCAAGACGAGGUUUUGUUGCUCGAGAGGAUUGACACGCUGGUGGGAAACGUUCAAAAUAUAGGAUUGCAAUCCGACAUGAACCGAAUACACGAGACUGCUCUCGACGUGAAACGUGUUUGGAAAGCGAUGACCGAGUGCAGGGAGACGGGUCUGUUGCUCAACGAACGUCAGAAGCUGUUCGGUAUGAAGGUGGUGCCAUUCGAGGAUCUUCAGAAGCUCAUAAGAGACUUCGAGCCGUACAAAAGUCUGUGGGUCACCGCCUCAGACUGGCUCAAGUGGUACGAAGUGUGGAUGGACAAUCCUCUGAUGAACGUAGACGGCAGCCAGGUGGACAGCCUCGUCAUCGAAAUGUACCGGGUGAUCACUCGAGCAGUGAGAACCUUUCAAGAGAACCCAAAGGUGCAGGCCGUGGCGGUGUCGAUACGUGACCAGAUCGACGAGUUUAAGCCCCAUAUCGGACUGAUACAAUCUCUUCGGAAUCCGGGAAUGAAGGAUCGACAUUUUGAGCAACUAAGCGCGCAAACUGGCAUUCAAAUGUCGCUGACGCCGGCCAUGACGUUCCGCUCGUUACUGGUCCUUGGCAUACAGCAAUUCGAGGAACUGGUAAAAACGGUCGCGGACACAGCCGCGAAAGAGUACGCCACCGAGCGAACGUUGAAUAAAAUGAUGGCUGAAUGGGAGCCAAUUAUCGUGGAAAUUCUACCGUAUAAAACCACGGGUACGUAUAUCAUGAAGGUACCGGAAGAGACAAUGAUGCUUCUAGAGAAUCACAUACUCGGCGUACAGCAGCUCAGUUUCAGUCCACUGAAGACUGCUUUCGAGGACGAAAUCAACCAAUGGGAGAACAAGUUGAAAUUAACGCAAGAAGUGCUGCUGCUUUGGAUCGAAGUGCAGAGAGAGUGGAUGUAUUUGGAACCGAUAUUCACGUCGGAGGAUAUAAGCACGCAACUGCCGUCGGAAGCGAGGAAAUACAACGCCAUGGAGCGGAACUGGAGAAGGAUUAUGAAAAACGCUUAUGAGCAUCCCUAUAUCAUCAGAAUAUGCCCGGAUAGAAACCUCCUGGAGAGCCUGCAGGAGUGUCAGAGCCUGCUGGAGGUGGUGCACAAGGGUCUGUCGAACUACCUGGAGGUGAAGCGUCGCGCGUUCCCGCGUUUCUAUUUCCUGAGCGACGAGGAGCUGCUUGAAAUCCUGGCGCAGGCGAGGAACGUGCACGCAGUCCAGCCGCAUCUCCGGAAAUGUUUCGAGAACAUACAGUGGGUCAGGUUCGAGGAUAAUCUGGAAAUUACACGGAUGUACUCCGCGGAGGGUGAGGAGGUGGUGCUUCGUCCGUCGAUGUACCCCGUGCGGAGCGUGGAAUAUUGGCUCGGUGAUCUCGAAAGAUCGAUGCGUAACACCAUCAGAGAGAUCAUCCGUGAGGCCCUUGGCAUCGUCGAGACCACACCGAGAAACGAAUGGGUGUACAUGUGGCCUGGCCAAGUGACUCUGUGCUGCGGCCAAGCUUACUGGACGGCGCACGUCGAACACGCUAUCCGUCAGAAUGCGCUUCCAGCUUAUUAUCGAGAGAUGCUGGAUCACCUCGACAGUCUGCGGGAACUGGUCAGGGCUCCUCAAACAGAAAUACAGCGAUUGAUGCUGGAAGCGGUGAUCACGAUUGAAGUUCACGCGAGGGACGUCACGUACACGUUGAUCGAAGAGGGCGUGUCGAACGUCAACGAUUUCGAUUGGAUAUCGCAGCUGCGAUACUACUGGGUAGACGAUACCGAUCUAAAAGUGCGCGCUGUCAACGCCGAAUUUCAAUACGGGUACGAAUACUUAGGCAACACCGGGAGACUAGUGAUCACUCCUCUAACCGAUCGAUGCUACCUGACGCUGACCGGCGCUCUACAUUUGAAAUUCGGCGGCGCGCCAGCUGGCCCAGCCGGAACCGGUAAAACGGAAACGACGAAGGACCUCGCGAAGGCGUUCGCCAUUCAAUGCGUAGUCUUCAACUGCUCGGACCAGUUGGACUUCCUGUCGAUGGGCAAGUUCUUCAAGGGCCUCGCCAGCUCCGGUGCUUGGGCGUGUUUCGACGAAUUCAAUAGGAUCGACAUAGAAGUAUUGUCGGUGAUCGCCCAGCAGAUCAUGACUAUUCAACAGGCACAACAGAUGCGUGUCGACACGUUCGUGUUCGAGGGUGAAGAGAUUGUACUGAAGCCAUCAUGCGCGGUGUUUAUCACAAUGAACCCUGGCUACGCCGGUCGCACCGAGCUCCCAGACAAUUUGAAGGCACUGUUCCGUCCGGUCGCCAUGAUGGUACCGGAUUAUGCUCUAAUCGCUGAGAUCUCGCUCUUCUCGUACGGUUUCUCUGAGGCGAAAGCACUCGCCGCGAAAAUAACGACCACGUUCAAAUUAAGCUCCGAGCAAUUGAGUUCGCAGGAUCAUUAUGAUUUCGGGAUGCGAGCGGUGAAAACGGUGAUCGCGGUCGCGGGCAAUUUGAAGAGGGAGCAGCAGGACCUGAACGAGCAACAGAUUUGUUUGCGGGCCUUGCGCGACGUAAACGUUCCGAAGUUUCUCAAAGACGAUUUAACGCUGUUCAACGGCAUUGUAUCAGACCUCUUCCCGCUGCUGGAAGAAAAACAAGUGGACUACGGUGUUCUAGAAGCAGAGAUACGCGCGACGAUCGUGAGGAUGGGAUUGGAGGAGAUCGACGAGUUCGUGAAAAAAGUAAUCCAGCUGUACGAGACGACGGUCGUGCGACACGGAUUGAUGCUGGUGGGUCCGACCGGGUCGGCGAAGACGAAGUGUUAUUGCGUGCUGAAAGAGGCCUGCACGAAACUCAAGGGCCAACCGCAGCCGAGCGGCAAAGCAUUCACGCCGGUCCUCACAUUCGUGUUGAAUCCUAAAUCCAUCACGAUGGGUCAGCUGUACGGCGAGUACGAUCUGAACACGCGAGAAUGGACCGACGGAAUUUUCUCGACACUGCUCAGAGCCGGAAUAGCGGCUAACGAUGCGAACAAACGAUGGUACAUUUUCGAUGGACCGGUGGACGCUUUAUGGAUCGAGAACAUGAACACCGUGCUCGACGAUAAUAAAAAGCUUUGCCUGACGUCGGGGGAAAUUAUGAAGAUUCUACCGACGAUGACGAUGAUGUUCGAGGUGGCCGAUCUUAGGGUCGCCUCGCCGGCCACGGUGUCCAGAUGCGGCAUGGUCUACCUGGAGCCGGAAGGCCUCGGACUCGAGCCGAUUAUCAAUUGUUGGCUGAAAUCUCUGCACCGGAACAUGGGCAACUUCACGGAGAGCAUCGCCGAGUUAACGAGCUUUUACCUGCUGCCAGGGCUGAAAGUUUUACGUGCGAGUCUGCGAGAAAUCGUGAACACAGUGGACUCCGGAAUGGUGCAAUCUUACAUUAACUUGAUGAACUUCCGGAUCGGUCCCAUGGUCGGCCGAGAAGGAAAACCACCGCCGUCGGCACCCUUCCAAGCUUUAAUUCCCGAUUUGCUGCCGGCGUGGACGGCUUUCGCCGCGGUUUGGAGCUUGGGGGCUUCCGUCGACAAUAGCAGCCGUCGCUUCUUCAGCGAGUGGAUCCGAGACGUUCAGAAAACACACCGCCACAACUUGCCGUUUCCGGAAGACGGUCUCGUCUUCGACUACAGGCUGCACGAUGGCGGGUUCACCGACCCAAUCGACGGCACCGAGCCAGUCCCGCCGAAAUGGUACAAAUGGCUGGAUGACAUUCCGUCGAUCGUGAUCACGCCCAACACGAAAUACGCUGACAUCGAGGUGCCUACCAUGGACAACGUCAGAAGCGCGACGUUAAUCGGUUAUCUCUUGAUCAACGAGUCGAACGUCCUUUGUGUCGGUCCCACCGGAAGCGGCAAAACCUUGACCGUCUCCGGCAAACUGUCAAGAAAUAUGCCGAAGAAAUUCAUUUGCGAUUUCAUCACGUUCUCCGCUCGCGCCACUGCCAAUCAAACUCAGGAUCUGAUCGACGAGAAGCUGGGUAAGAGGCGAAAGGACGUGUACGGGCCGCCCAUGUUGAGAAAGCAAGUUUUCUUCAUCGACGACUUGAACAUGCCAGCCCUCGACACGUACGGUGCACAGCCGCCUAUCGAACUGAUUCGACAGUUUAUGGAUUUUCAGGGGUGGUACGACAGAAAGGAGAUCGGAUCAUUUCGCGUGAUAGAAGACGUGAGUUUCGUCGGCGCGAUGGGACCGCCAGGCGGCGGGAGGAAUCCGGUGACCGACAGGCUGCUCCGACAUUUCCAUUUCAUCGCGUUCCCGGAAAUGGAGGACGACGCCAAGAGACACAUCUUCGGCACUGUCUUGAACUCCUGGCUCUCUCGUACAAAGGGGUUCACUGACACGCUGGAUGCAUUCGUGGACAAUACCCUGAACCUGUUCACCACGAUAUGCAACGAAUUAUUGCCGACCCCUCACAAGUCUCACUACACUUUUAAUUUACGAGACCUUAGCAAAGUGUUCCAGGGAAUGUUGAUGAUGAACCCGGAAAAGAUCGAGGCUCGCGAGAAAUUACUGUUGCUCUGGUACCACGAGAAUCUGCGAGUUUUCAGCGAUCGUUUGGUCAACGACACUGAUCGGAAAUGGUUCGACGAUUUAUUGCGAAGCAUCAUGGAAGAUAAAUUCAAGUGUGACCCAGCCACCGUGAUCGGAAACGAUAUGCUGUUCUACGGUGAUUUUUGCGUCACGAGCAAGGAAUACGAACAAAUCAUCGAUAAGCAGCAAAUGCAACGCGUACUGGAAGAAUUCUUGGAAGACUACAACGCGUCGUCUACGUCCCCCAUGAAGCUGGUGCUGUUCCAGGACGCGAUAGAUCACAUCUGCAGGAUCAAUCGGAUUCUGAGGCAACCACGCGGAAACGCCCUACUUUUGGGAAUGGGGGGAUCAGGUCGUCAGAGUUUGACGAGGCUAACCGCGCACAUUCAAGACUACACCUGCUUUCAAAUCGAGCUGAGCGGCGCUUACACGAUCAACGAUUGGCGCGACGACAUUAAAAGGUCGAUGAUGAGAGCCGGUGUGCAGAACCAGCUAACUGUCUUCCUAUUCUCGGACACACAGAUAAAGAACGAGUCGAUGCUGGAAGACCUGAACAGCGUUUUGAACAACGGCGACGUGCCGGGCGUGUACCAAAGCGACGAGAUCGAGAGGAUAUUCCACGCGAUGCGUGGCAGGGUGCAGGAGGCUGGCCUCCAGAUCAAUAGGAGCAAUCUUUUUUCCGCCUACGUGAACACGGUUCGGAACAAUUUGCAUCUCGUCGCCACGAUGAGCCCCAUCGGCGAGCUUUUCCGCGGCCGGAUCAGACAGUUUCCGGCGCUGGUGAACUGCUGCACGAUCGAUUGGUUCUGCCCGUGGCCGGAAGCGGCACUUCAGAGCGUAGCAACGCGAUUCCUAGCCGACAUUAAAGACGACUCCAUCACCGAGGAUAUCCUGCGAUCGAUCGUCAGGAUGUGCCAGUACAUGCAUUCCAGCGUGACAGAGGCAAGCGACGUUUACUUAAAGGAACUGAAUCGUCACAAUUACGUUACGCCGACAUCUUACUUGGAAUUACUUUCCGGCUACGGUGACCUUUUGAGCAAAAAGAAAAACGAGCUCGUUGCAGCGGCGAAUCGUCUGACCACAGGUUUGGACAAGCUCGCGAGCGCGGAGAUUGAAGUGAAGAACAUGCAGGAGUUACUGGCGAAGAUGAAACCGCAACUGGAGAAAGCGGCCGAAGCGACGGCCGAGAUGAUUGAAAGGAUGACCGUCGAUACCAUGGAAGCUGAGAAGACGAGGCAACAGGCCAAAGAACAAGAAGCUACCGCGACAAAGAUGAAGGCGGACAAUCAAGCGAUCAAAGACGAAGCCGAGGCCGAUUUAAGUGAAGCUCGUCCAAUGUUGCUCGCUGCGGAGAAGAGCCUCAAAGCUUUGAAUAGAAACGACAUUACCGAGGUGAAAGCGAUGAAACGGCCGCCGGUCGGCGUCUUGUUGGUCAUCGAAGCUGUUUGCAUCAUAAACAAUGUCAAACCCAUCAAGACCGAGACAGGGAAAUUCGGCAAGGACGGGACGAAGAUUGAUUAUUGGACGCCCGGCAGCCAAAUGCUCAGCGAUCCGGGCCACUUCUUGCACAUGAUGGAAAAUUACGAUAAAGAGAACCUCACCGAGGAGAUGAUUAAUAAGCUGAACGUCUACAUCGAAGACCCGAAUUUUCAGCCGGCCAAGAUCCAAUUCGUCUCGAAGGCAUGCCACUCGCUGUGCCUGUGGGUGCACGCGAUGUACAACUACUACUUCGUCAACGAGAAAGUGAAACCGAAGAUGGAGGCGCUCGCGAAGGCCGAGGAGGCGCUCAAGGAAACGGAGAACGCAUUAUUAGCCGCGGUACAGAGGCUGCGAGAAGUCGAGGAGGGUAUCGAGAGGCUGCGAGCCCAGCUGCGCGCCGAGGAGGAAAAGAGGGCGGAACUGGAGAGGCAAAAGCAGCUUUGCGAGGAUCGAAUGGGGAGGGCCGUCAGGCUGAUCGUCGGCCUUGCCGACGAACAAGUCCGCUGGUUGUCGUCUGUCGCUGACAUAAAUAUGUCCGUAACAAACGCCGUCGGGGAUAUCCUGCUUGCUUCCGGCGCAAUAGCUUACUUGACGCCCUUCACGGAUACAUAUCGAGUCGGUCUAUUGACUUCCUGGCAAAAAGUGCUCGAGGGUGUGCCGCACACACCGGGUAGCGACCCGGUCUCUACUUUGGGCGAUCAAGUGGAGAUAAGAAAAUGGCAGAUCGAAGGUCUACCCAGGGACACUUUGUCCGUGGAAAACGCGGUCCUAGCAAUGCACUCGAAACGCUGGCCCCUUUUCAUCGAUCCCCAAGCACAGGCGAACAAGUGGAUACGUUCUCUGUACAAGGAUCAAGGGAUAUCCGUUGCAAAAAUGACGGACAAGGACAUCCUUCGUGUCCUUGAGUCCUGCGUUCGAUUCGGUAGAGCUUGCCUCGUAGAGAAUGUUGGUCUGCAGCUGGAGGCCGGAUUGGAUCCAAUACUAAUGCGAUCGUUAUUCGAACACGGCGGACAACUGUGCGUGAAAAUCGGAGAAAACAUCGUUCCCUACAAAAGCGACUUCCGGUUGUUUCUCACCACAAGACUAUCGAAUCCCCAUUACACACCGGAAACCUCGGUGAAGAUCUUGCUGGUUAAUUUCGCGCUCACAGCCACCGGACUAGAGGAUCAGAUGCUCUCGCUCGUCGCGAUUCAAGAGCGGCCGGAUCUGGAGCACGCUAGGAACGCGUUGAUUAUAUCGAACGCAGAAAUGAGGAGCGAAUUACAGGAGAUCGAGGACAGAAUCUUAUACAGGCUCUCGUUGUCGGAAGGCUCCGCCGUUGAUGACAUCGACUUGAUUCUCACUUUAGAAGCUUCCAAAGUCAAAAGCGAGGAAAUCAAAACGAAAAUGAAGGAAGCGGAGAUCACUCAAGCGGACAUCGAGACGACCAGAUCACUGUACAUUCCUGUUGCGAUACGCGGACAGAUACUGUUUUUCUGCCUCUCCGACCUACAAUACAUCGACACGAUGUACCAGUACUCCCUCGAAUGGUUCGUCGAGAUCUUCAAUAACAGCGUUAAGGCGACGGAGAAGAGCGCGGAUAUCGAGGAACGGAUCGCAGGCAUUAAUCAGAAAUUUACAUUCUCCCUUUUCUCGAACGUCUGCCGCAGCCUAUUCCAAAAACACAAACUGCAUUUCGCAUUCCUCGUAUGCGCCCGGAUACGCACGAGCGACAAAUUAAUCGAGCCGACCGAAUGGAGGCACUUCCUAGCGGGACCAGAGCCGUUCCAGGACCAAUCGAAUCCGUCACCGGAUUGGAUUACUCCGCGAUGCUGGAAAGAAAUCCAAGCGCUCGAGAACCUGAACAAGUUUCGGAACUUCGUCGAAUCCUUCAGGAAGUCGCUGAACCAAUUCAAAAACAUCUUCGACGCUCAAGAGGCGCAUCUAGCUCCCUAUCCGGAACCAUGGGACACGGAGUUGGACGACUUUCAAAAGAUGUUGAUAUUGAAAUGUCUCCGGCCUGACAAGGUGACGAACGCGAUGCAGCUGUACCUAGCGAAGCAUCUCGGUCGCGAGUUCGUCGAGCCCCAGACCACGGAACUAACCGCAGUUUACAAUGAAUCCUCGCCGACGACGCCGAUCGUAUUCAUUUUAUCCGUGGGCACGGACCCGGCCGCGGAAUUGUACAAAUUCGCGGACAAACUAAAGAUGAGCACGAAACUGUACGCGAUAUCUCUAGGUCAGGGCCAAGGUCCUCGAGCGGAAGCGAUGAUGAAGAUGUCCGCGGAACAGGGCAAUUGGUGCUUCUUCCAGAAUUGCCAUUUGGCGCCAAGCUGGAUGCCAGAACUGGACACAUUGGUCGAAACUUUGUCGAGGGGGAAAAGUCAUCGCGACUUCCGGUUGUGGCUGACCUCGGCUCCUUCGCCGGACUUUCCUGUCAGCAUCCUCCAGAAUAGCAGUAAAAUGACGAUCGAGCCACCAAGAGGCAUAAAAGCGAACAUGCUCCGAGCUUAUUUAACUCGGGUAAUGGAAAUGCAGAGUUUCCUCGAAUCCGCUCAUCCGAAAGUUCUGCUGUUCAAAAGGCUCGUAUUUGCCCUGGGCCUAUUCCACUCGGCCCUCCUCGAAAGGAGGAAAUUUGGUCCGUUAGGCUUCAACAUCCCAUACGAGUUCACCGACGGUGACUUGACCAUAUGUGUUUCGCAGCUUCAUAUGUUCCUCUUAGAAUACGACACUGUGCCGUUCAAAGUCCUGAUAUACACGGCCGGUCACAUUAACUACGGUGGACGAAUCACGGACGACUGGGACCGUCGCUGCGUCUUGACCAUCCUCGGGGACUACUACAAGUCAGAGGUCCUGUCGACGUCUUACACGUUCGACGAAGCGGGACACUAUUAUCAGUUGCCGGAAACUGCAACGUUCGAGGAAUACGUCGAGUACAUAAAGUCGUUCCCCUUGAACGACGAGCCCGAAAUGUUCGGGAUGCAUCCGAACGCAGAUAUAAGUUUCGCUCAAGCGGAAACGUAUUCCUGCCUCGAAACGCUUCUCGCUCUUCAGCCGAGGGAAGUUGGAGCGGCUGCAGCCAGCACCGAAGAGGUUACGACCCAAAUUGCCGAGGACAUGCUGUCGAAUAUGCCGGGGAUAUUUAACUUAGCUGUAAUGCAAGCCAGGUAUCCGGUACUGUACGAGGAGUCGUUCAACACUGUGCUGUUGCAAGAAGCUAUACGCUACAACGGGCUGUUGGCAGUGGUGAGAACGACGCUGGUGGAUUUGUUGAAAGCUUUGAAGGGUCUUGUAGUUAUGUCUGAACAGCUGGAAACUGUGGCUAACAGUCUAUACAACAAUAGGAUACCAAAAGUUUGGCAGGACAAGGGUUAUCCAUCUUUGAAACCACUCGGUGCCUGGUUCCUCGAUUUAAAAGAUCGAAUCGCGUUCCUGAGGUCCUGGGAGGCGCGAGGCAUACCCGCGGCCUUCUGGAUUUCCGGUUUCUAUUUCCCGCAAGCCUUUUUGACCGGUACGCUGCAGAAUUUCGCGAGGAAACACGUUAUUUCCAUUGACUCGAUUGAGUUUAGCUUCCAGGUAUUAAGCGCAAUGCCUACUCAUAGGCCAAAGGAUGGUUGCGUCGUCUAUGGCCUCUUCCUUGAAGGGUGUCGUUGGAACAAAGAUUACUUGGACGAGUCCCUGCCAAAAGAGUUGUACACCGAUAUGCCUCCAAUCUUACUGCUGCCGGAGGUGCAUCAUCAAAAGAAGCCAGGAAUUUAUUCCUGCCCCGUUUACAAAACCAUCAGUAGAGCGGGAACACUGAGUACAACAGGACAUUCGACAAAUUUUGUCCUGGCCAUGGAGAUACCCAGCAGGAAACCUCAGACACAUUGGAUCAAGAGAGGCGUAGCUAUGAUUUGUGCUUUAGAUUAUUGA